AUGGAGGGCUCUUACGUGGAUCUUCUGGCUCUGAGGGUCAUCAUCUCCAUCGCCGGCGUUGUGGGAAACACGAUCCUGAUGAUCUCCAUCCUUCAAAUGACUCGUCUGAAGUCCUUCGAAAUCUUCCUUCUCGGACUGGCAGCGGCGAACCUGGAGGAGAUCGUGAUUGUGGACGUUUACGACAUCUUGCUCUUACGUUCGUCUUACAGGAUAAGCAUCUGGACCUGCAAAGGACUGAAGUUCCUCACCAUCCUCGGGGAGAUCGCCAGCAUCCUCUUCACGGUUCUCAUCAGCAUCUACCGCUAUCAGAAACUGCGGGACGUCCACACACGCGUCAACCUGCCCGUCUUCAUGGACGGCCUGCGCUCGGCCGUGUUCCUCUCCGUGUUGUGUGGCGCGGUGGCUCUUCUCUUCAGUUUGCCCACGCUUGUCAUUAACCUGGACUGGAGUCACCUGAACUCCUCAUCUCCGGGCUGUCCGGUUGAUUUCUUCCAGUGCUCAUUAGCGAGAUGCCCGACUCGCAACCGCGUUUACAAGUACUCCUUCCUUCUGGUGUGCAACCUGUUGCCGCUGCUCAUAGUCACACUGACGAGCACCAUGAUCGUCAGGAUUUUAAUAAUUCAGCAGAAAACGGUGAGGGCCCGACAGGCUCAGAGCGUAGCCACUACGACGACCCAACAGCGGCCCAGGAAAUCGGCUUUCCAGCGCGGCACGCUGGCCAUCCUGGCGGCCAUGACGCUGUUCCAGGUCAACUGGACCGUCUAUCUGGUCCUGCAUCUGGCGUGUGACCCGCAAACCUUCCCUUUAUGGUCGGAGGUGGAGUUCUUGAUCACCACGUUUUACACCGCCAUCAGCCCGUAUGUUUAUGGAAUGGGCAACAACCUAUUCAACAUAAAGCGCUUUAUUAGUUCUAAUCUAAGCUUCACUUAA